AUGGCGAUACUGGUGUGGGCAAGCAAUAUUCGUACCUGGUGGUCCCUGUUGAAACGCCGCGAUUCAUACUCCAGCUUAUCUUGUCUCCUUGUGUCGACGGUGCCCGUUAUUUCGGAUGUGGAACAGGAGUCCUUAGUCAAGGCUUUGGCGUCUUUCAACUUGUUCUGGAACAUUGCUGCCACCAACAGAUGGUGGGCGACUCCAAAACUUGACCGGUUCGAGGACGUUCCCCGAAACGCCGGCUGUGAUCCUGACGGGAGCGAUAGAGUAGUAGCAGGAAGCAGACCAUGA